AUGAGGGCUGCGGGCCGCACCACAACAAUGUGGUGGUACUGCCUCGUCCUCGGCGCACAGAGCUACGCAACGGACUGCCCGCCGGUCCCGGCCACGGCCAUGGCGGGCCAGCGCGCCACGGCCAACGCCACGGCGCUCGCGGCGCGCGAGGUCGCCGCGACGCUCCGGCGGGACGCGCCCGCGCCGGGCGCCGCGGCGGACGUGCUCCGGGCGGUCUUGCAAUCGAGGGACGACUUCCUGCUUAUAUUACGGAACCGCGUCUUCGUCGACCGCGCUUUCCUGACGAAGAGCAAGCACGCGGCGCACGCGGCGUUCGUCGCGUCGGCCGCGAGGCGCGUCCGCCUCGGCAACGUCGCCUACCGCUUCUCUGCGGGCACGCGCGGCGUCAAGCGGUCGUCGUGCCGCCCGGUGCCGACGGCGGUCAUCGCCAAGGUCGGGGGCCACCGGCAGUGCGGCGCGCUCGUGCCCAACCCCUACUUCGGGCCAGACCUCGACGCGUGGGACGUGGCAGAGGACGUCGUGCCCUUCGCGGCGCGGUCGAGCAAGGCCCUCUGGCGGGGCAACAUCAGCUCGCGGCCCUGCGACAAGGACGCGGGCAACCGCGCGCGCCUCGAGGCCUGCGCGCUGAGCGUCGAGCGCCCGGACCUCUUCGACGCCUACUGCCCCCACGUCAACGGCUGCGCGCCGCGCGACCCCGACCAAUGCGACGCCGCCGGCGAGCGCCUCGUCGCCAAGACGUACGGCGGCGACGUCUUCCCGCACGCGUCGACGACGGAGUCCAUGCGGCGCGCGUUCCGAGCGCCAGCGACCAUUGCGAGGGGCUACGUCGAGCCUCGCAAAUUCGCGUCCUCGAAGUAUCUCUUGCAUCUGCCGGGCGCGUUCACGGGCAGCUACAGCCGCAAUCUGAAUGGAUUGUGGCGGCGCGGGGCCGUCGUCUUGCUCUGGGCGGCGGCGUACACCGAAUUCUACUUUCCCGCUUUAGAGGAGGGCCGCACGCACCUCGUCGUCGACGCGUGCUCCGCGCCGUCGGUAAUUGAGCGGCUGAACGCGGACCCGCGCCGCGCGGAAGCAUUAGCGGCGGCGGCGCGGGCCGUCCACGACUCCUUGCUCUGCGCGGACUGCCUCGCGAGGUACUUUGCGAGUGUCGUAAAUCACUUCCGGCGCCACUUCGCGCUCGGACCCGUCCUCGACCACGACCGGCGGAAGCUCGCGGACUGUGACCAACUGGACCUGCUCGAGGUGCGCGGCGCGCGGCCGUGGCGGGACCCGUACGGCCGCGCGCUGCCCAACGGACAUCUCGAUUUGCGGAACGUGUCGGUUUCUGAGUGCGAGCAGCUGUUUUCUGUGGAGGGUGGGUAA